GCACCCAAGCUCAGCUUUCAAACGAAAACCGACCCAGGAAAGCCAAGAGCACUGCCUGAAGUGUGUAUGUAUCAAUCAAUGCAGUAUGUCUGAACCACAACAGGGGAGCGCAGUUUAACUUUCAACAGCAAGAGGAUCUCGUCUUUGCGAGACUCGGAUCUAUUCGUGCGUACGCUCGAGUAAAAAAAGAAAACAGUGGACAAGUUGGCAGGGAAACCACGAGCAACUGGUGGCGGCGGUGUGUAUUCGCGAAAUAACUGCUUGGCAAAGUUGUCUGGCGCUGGCUAACGAGAGCUAAGGUACUGUGCAAGUACAGUUUCAUCAGAGAGGAGUGACAUUUUGGACACACAGACAAAGGAUGUGUCACCUUCUUGCUAAAAAGCCAGGACAGGUUUGCCAUUCUGAUUCUCUGUUUACGAGAAACAUUCAUUUCUUGUGAAUUUGCAGUAACGCAGCUAGCUAGUAAUCCGCUGGCAUUGGACUUGAUUGAGACUGAGUUUUAGCUAGCUAGUUGGCAAGCAAGCUAGCGUUAGCCAAGCAGCUUUAGAUAACUUUAAAACCAUUAGCGAAAUAUAAAGAAGAACGCAAAAAGGGGGCUCAACUUCAUCGUCAUUCGUUUGCAACAAGUGGCAACUUUACAACGAAAAUAAUUAAGCCGGGGAAAACACUUUCCGGUGGAUAACUAACUAACGUUAACGUUAGUUGUCUUCAGUAAGGUGAAUAUAGCUAGCUAGCUAAGAAUCGUUUUCUCACCUCGCGUUGCUCACGUUGUAGCUAGUUGACAUUGGGCUAGCUAGCUCAGUAAGUUAGUUGGAUAACGUUAGCCAAGUUAGGUGGAAGAGCAGGUACUGGUUGGAGUAUGAUGUCAAGAAGGCGGUUGGAUAGUCGCAGUUGCCCUCCUGGGCUUUUUGGGGAAAUUCAGACUCCGAUCCGGACCGAACCCUUGGACAGCCUUUUCGAGAUGACCAGCGAACUGGGCAGGGGGAAGUUUGCGGUGGUGAAGAAGUGCGUAGAGAAGGCCACGGGGAAGGAGUUUGCCGCCAAGUUCCUGCGCAAGCGCCGGCGGGGCCGUGACUGCCGGGCGGAGAUCGUGCACGAGAUGGCGGUUCUGGAGGCGGCCCGGAACAACCCGCGGGUGGUCAACCUGCACGCUGCCUUCGAGACGGACCACGACAUCGUGCUGCUGCUGGAGUAUGCGGCUGGCGGAGAGAUAUUUGACCACUGUGUCUCGGACGAGCCGUUGUCAGAGCGACAGAUCACCCGUCUGAUUCGGCAGAUGCUGGAGGGAGUUCACCUGCUGCACCAGAGCAGUGUGGUGCACCUGGACUUGAAGCCCCAGAACAUCCUCCUCACCAGCCUGUGCCCUCUGGGGGACAUUAAGCUGGUGGACUUCGGGCUGGCGCGCAGGCUGGGCACGAUGGGCGAGCUGCGGGAGAUCCUGGGAACGCCCGAAUACGUGGCCCCUGAGAUCCUGAACUAUGAGCCAAUCACCACUGCUACAGACCUAUGGAGCGUUGGAGUAAUCGCGUACAUGCUGGUGGUGGGGGAGUCUCCUUUCCUCGGGGAGGACAAGCAGGAGACCUUCCUGAACGUGUCCCAGGUCAGCGUGGACUACUGCAAGGAGGCCUUCUCCCAGGUGUCCGAGCUGGCCGUCGACUUCAUCCGCCAGCUGCUCGUCAAGUCGCCCGAGGACCGACCGACCGCGGCAGAGUGCAUGACUCACCCCUGGCUGUGGCAGCUGGGCCCGGACAGCGACCCUCCCACCCCCCGGACCCCGCGGGAGAGGAGCGUGGGGAAGUGGGCUCUCCCGCCGGAGAACUGCGAGGACAAGGAGAACUUCCUGGACUCCCCGUACGGGAAGAGGGUGCGUCUGGAGGAGGGGGGCGGCCCCGCCCUGUGAGGCUCCGCCCUGCGACGCCCCUCCGCACCCCUCCCACAGACUGUAUAUAUCAAGUAUUGCAAGGGAUGCUGAAAAAAAAAAAAAAAAAAAAAAAAGUCCUGUGCCUCGUCUGUAUGUCUGUCUGUCCGCCCGUCCGCCCGUCUGCCCGUCCAGGUGGGGUUCUGCCUGUGUCGCUUGACAGCACUUCUACUUUUGCCCGUCUCUGAAGGUUGUUUCAGCUAAACCAAAGAUUAACAGUGUUGUCAUGGAGACCUCGCUGCUCAUUAUUAUUAUUAUUAUUAUAAUUAUUAUUAUCAUCAUCAUCAUCAUCAUCAUCAUAUCAAACGGGAUCUUUUUCUGCUAUAAACUUCACGUUUAUUUUGUGUAUGUAUGAAUUAUUUGUAGGUUCAGCGUAAGAAUAUUUUUGAUUUUGUCAUUUAUCAUGCUGGUAUUCGGUCUUGUCUUUCUUUUUAAUGUGGAUUGAAUUUUAUCUCUGUUAUGGAAAUGGAGGAAAGAGCAGCUGGUGAUCUGGCUGCCCAAGUGUCCACUGCUCGGUCCUGGCAGGGUGGGGCCCCUCCCUCUGAGGUCUCAUAACCCUGCCCGUUUUGAGUCUGGCCCAAUCGCGGUUUGCAGAAGUGAUCGAUGAGUGCUACUGGUUAGCAGCGUGCAUGUUUCCUGCACAGGCGCUUGGGCUAACGCACUUCCUUCUUUGUUCCUUCCUCCCUCUCUCUCUCUCGCUCUCGCUCUCACUCUCUCUCUCUGACAAAAUGCUGAGUCAAAGCUGAGUGUUUGUAUUUAUUCCCCAUAUCCCCUCCCCCUGUCCAAUGACCCGGCUCCUCGCAAAGGUCAAAGGUCACAGGGACGAGCUAAUUGAGACCCCCUGUAGGAGAUGAGAUUGUUUUUAUUAAAUUACUUUAGUCCAGUGUUCUCAGCCACCUCUUCACCAUUCCCAUUAGGAAGAGCUAUGCAUCCAUGUUAUACAUGUCUGAUUACAUCCUUUUUAAGUGUUUGUAUUUUAAAAGUGCAUUAAUCGUGUAUGUUUUUAAUAAUAAUGAUAAUAUUCAUGUGUUUUAAAUGGAUGUGUGCCAUACAUGUUCUUUAAAUCAGGCCAGUAUCUGACCGUUACUCUGCGCGGUCUGACCAGAGCAGUGUGGGGUGGAUGGGCAGAGUGCUACGUUUGACCAGCAAGAUUUCUCACACGGUCGAGCGCUCAGGGUGACCUCACGGUGACCUGACCCGUAUUAAUGUCACAGCCACCUGUUGGGUCCUAUUGGCCGUUGAGGUCAAUACUCUGAUGGGAGUGGCUGUUCUUCAAGCCCCCCCACCACUGCCCACUCCAGCUUUCCAGCAAGAGAUGCCCAGGCACAAGGGCGAUUUAUCAUUCCAAGAUGGCGCCCGGGAACAGAAGGUGAGAGGUCCUUCCGCCAUCAUUAAGAUUCCGCCCGUCCCAUGUCCGGGAACUCAUUGUAGCCGGCUGCCCGUGUCCAGAACCCGUUUGGGCUGCACGCUGGUUUUAAUGUUCGUAUGCCAGUGGAAGUGUAUCGGAUCACUGGCCUUCAGAGUGCGGGUCAUUGUGUCGUGAGCAAAGCGAUUUGCCGGUCCCAUUUUUCUAGAGAACGUGCAUAGUAAAUGGUAAAUGGCUGGCACUUUAUCCAAAGUGCGCAGGGUUCCAGCCAGUCUGGCAGGGAGAGUGGUGGGGUCUGUGCGAUUGAAAACCCUGCCGCCUGAACGACUCCACCACCUCACUGUAGGCUAUCGGGCAACGCCUCACAGGAAUCGACCGAUGUCAGCUUUAACAAGUUCUCCUCUCCCCCACCCAAAAGAUGUCACGAGGGUGAAACGAGAGGGACCGUUCUGCAAGUAUACACAGCUUCUAACUCCGACUCGAACCCGGACGUCAAAUUUAGGAAAGCUUUGCGCUGGUGUGCGCCAGCUCCACCCUGAUUCUGUGAGCCUGACUAAGUGCCCAGAACACCGCUCCUUUCAAGUGUUCCUCUUUGUGUGCGUUCAGCAGCACAAGACCAAACUCGUUUCGUUCCCCCGCUUCUCAUCAGCGUAAUCACCGCAGAACCACCCUCCUUACGAACGCCAGCGAACACGACCAAGCGCGCUCUUCGAGAAAGCAAGGCGUUCCGGGCUGUUUCGCGGCUCGUGCACCACGCCCAACGUACAGAAGUUUGUUUUUGUCUUUGCUACACGGCGGCUUUGCAAAAGUUCCUCUUGCAACCGCUGUCGCUAAUUUUCAGGCACUUUAGACGAAACUUUCACUGAGCUUAUAUUAAGCUUUUGCCGAUGCCCCCUUCUCCAGUGAACAACACUAGUCUAAGGGCGGACAUUCUGCUAUGGAAAAGACUGGGAAAGCAAAAUCUCAGUCUUCGCGUGCUGUUCUGGUUGGGAUCUUGACGAUGGUCCGCAUUUUGCUGCUCUUGCAGUAGAGAGCCUUCACGUGAUUGGAGGGUGCAGUGAGCGCAGGGGUUUGAUAGGUGGAGCUGACUGAAGAAAAGUGGGAGUGGUCUUCCUCUGUGCUUGUCCCUCACUCCUCCAAUGAGGUGAAUUUUUGUUUAAUAAAUAAAUAAAUAAAUAAAUAAAUAGACGUGCACAUUCCAAUCUCAAUCCUGGCCUCAGGUGAACCCAGCUUACACUUGCUACACGAGCAGCCACUGCUGUAAGCCUGUAUGUCUGUACUGUACGUGUGUGAUUAAUACAAACUGCUCUUUCGUAAAUGCUGUACCAGUGUUUGCCAGUCCAGCCAGCUUGAGAGCCAUUUUCUAACCAGCGGUAACUCCUCGUCACCAACCCUAGACUAACCGUGCCCCACAAGUUUUUUUGCGUCCCUAAUUGCCGCCAAGCCACCAGAAUGUGGGUGCAUGUGGAACUCAAGUGUUAGGGUUCGGUGAAACCAACAACAAAAGCGCAGAAUGCCAGCGGGACAACCAGUUCUUCUGUCUGGUGGCGUGGUUCUUGCCUGGCCAAUGGCUGCACGGGGUUUAGUCUCCAAAUAAAGUCUUCUGGUUUUGAUCCGUUUUUCAGGUUUUUGAGAAUAGCCCCAGGUGUUUGUGGUGCCUCUUUUGGGAAAGCUGACUGGCUGUCACAGUGCACACACUUCGUGAGCAGGACAGACAGCAGGGAAGAUGUCAGCCCCCUCCUGGUUUGGUGGGUGGUUGGUCGGGGACUGGGGCAAUGCCGUCGGUGAAUUCAGAAGAUGCUCCCCGGAGAAAAAGGAGAGUGAAUGUGGUUUAUAUGAAAGACGGGCGGAGGAGCGAUGACGUAGCGGAGAGGAGUAUGGGGCCUGGAACGAGGCCCGUGGGCAAAGGGCAGGAUGGACGCGGGAACGUUGAGCAGCGGGUUCUGAAGAGGAGGUUCUGUAAGUGUGAGCGGACUGGAGCCGUGGCAGGAGGGGGCUGAGCGAUCGGAGGGGUGAGGGGGACAGAUGUGUCAGGAGACCGGGAGUACACAUCCCUCCUCUGAAUUGUCCUCUUUGUUUGUGAGAUGAGAGGACACAUGGGUUUUGUUGGCGGCUCGGUGUUUCUCCGAUAUGUCACUGGCUGGCACCCACAAACGGCAGCCAUGGGAGCAUAACGCGGGGUCCUAAAGGGGAAGCUACUGCGGUACUGUGGGGUGGGUGUUCAUGGGUAUUGGAAGAGGCAGUAGCACUGAGGCUCUACUGCCUGUGUGGUGAACCAGGGAACAGACUGUUUUAACGGACUGCUUAUCUUUGUCAAGUAUCAGUUGAGCUGCUGUCAUUUAGACAAAAGUGGAACAGGCUGUAGAACUAGAAUGUUUGAAUUGACUGGAACAGGCUGGAGAACUGGAAUGUUUUGAGUUGACUGGAACAGGCUGUAGAACUGGAAUGUUUGUGAGUUGACAGUGGAACUGGCCAUAUAACUGGGACGUUUGUGAUGUAAGAAUGCAACGGCAUAGAGCUGGAGUGUUUAUAUGUUAACACUGGAACCGGCCAUAGAAGUGGAAUUUGUUUGUGAGGUAACAAUGAUAUAGGCCAUAGAGCUGAAUGUGUGCGAGUGAGGUCACAGUGGAAGAACUGGUAUGUUUGUGAGGUAGCAAAGGAACUGGCCGUAGAUAUGGAAUGUCUAUCCAUGGUAACAGUGGAACAGGAAUGUUUGUCUGGUAACCAUAUAAUAGGCUGUAUAGCUUGAAUGUUUGUCUGUCAGGUAAUGGCAGUCGAGUACAUAGAGCUGGAACUUUUGUCUCGGAGAUAAUGGGCAACUGUGGAACAGGGUGUAGAGUGUAUUUGUUACAACGGUAGAAGGUAUCUGAAUUCCCCCAUGACUUCAUACUUCCUGCUCUCACUGGCUGCAAGGCUGGAGAACACUGGUACACACAUUCUGUAAAUUAGGAACCAAGAAAAUAAUGUUGGGAAGAAAUAUAUAUUUAUUUUGUAUUUUAUAGUUUUUUUAAAAGAUGGUUUUUAUAUGCCUGAUUUAUAAGAUUGAUAGUUUUAGCUGGGUCUGAAUAUACUUACAUCAAAAGAAAAAUUCUUAAUGUGGUCAUUCCUGUUAUUGAGGAAAAAAUUAUUAUUAAAGAUGGAAAACCCCCAA